CUCUCUCUUCCCUUUUGCCAUCAGUCUCAAAGUAAGGGAAGGGAAGCCUGAAAGCCCAACCAAACCAAUCCCAUCUCUCCUUAUCCUUCUCUCUCUAAAAAGGAAGGCAUCCAACUCAAUCAGAGAAGGAGAUUACUCAAAACUAGAGAGAGAAAGUGAUAAAAGAAGCAAGCAGGUAUUUUGUUGUUCUUUUGUUGAGGGUGUGUUCAAAAGCCAAAGCAAGAGCACUCCUCAUCCCCCUAUAUUAGCCAGCCUCCCUUUGAAGUAGCAGCAAGAACAAGCUGUCCCUUUCCCUCUCCUCUCCCGCUGCCACUUCCUCUCUCCAUCUCUCAUCAAGCCUUGGAGCCAAAUGGCUCAUGAGAUGGCUGCUUUCUUCGGCGCUGCUCUGCCGGCUGCGACUCUUGCUCCGUUCCAGGAGGAGCAGCAUCAAGUCGUCGCGGAGGAGGGGUACCAUGUGGAGGAGGUGGAGGAGGGCAGGGGCCAUGGCCACGGCGGCGGCUGCGGGGGGCAGGGAAAGCUGUGCUCGAGGGGCCACUGGCGGUCCGCCGAGGACGCCAAGCUGAAGGAGCUCGUCGCGCAGUACGGCCCCCGGAACUGGAACCUCAUCGCCGAGAAGCUCGACGGCAGAUCAGGGAAGAGCUGCCGUCUGCGGUGGUUCAACCAGCUGGACCCGCGGAUCAACCGGAAUGAGUUCUCGGAGGGGGAGGACGAGCGGCUGCUGGCGGCGCAGCGCGCCUACGGCAACAAGUGGGCGUUCAUCGCCCGCCUCUUCCCCGGCCGCACGGACAACGCCGUCAAGAACCACUGGCACGUCAUCACGGCGCGCAAGCAGUCCGGCGUUCUCCGACGCCGCAAGCCGUCUAGUUCGUCCUCCUCGUCGUCGACCCCCGCGCCGCCGUACUUCGUGCCAGCCGUCGCCAUCCACCACCACCACCAUCAUCACUACGGCUCCCCUCCCCUGCCGUUCCACGCCGGCAGCGCGCACGCGCAGCAGCACGGCGUCGCUGCGGCGCCGGCGGCGGUCACCCGCGCGUACAGCGGCGGCGGGUCCGAGGAGUCCGCGUCCACCUGCAUCACCGACCUCUCCCUCGGCUCCACCGGCGGCGCCGUCCCCUGCUUGUACCAGAGCUACGACAUGGUUCCGCACGCCUCCGCGCCCGCGCCGGCCGCGUUCGCGCCGAGCGCCCGCUCCGCCUUCUCCACCCCUUCGCCGGCGCAGCGGCACCGAGCGGCGGCCUCCGACGACAACGGCGAUAAGCGCGGCCUGCCAUUCUUCGACUUCCUCGGCGUCGGCACGACAUGAUCAGAGUCCUGGCCGGGGUGGCGGUGGUGUACAGGUGGAGGCGGUCAAAGAUCGAAUCCCCAGUCAUUAAAGAUGAACCCAAAGCUAAUUUUUUUCUUAACCUUCAUCUAAAUUGUCUUAGGAUCCUCUAAGCAUAGUGUCUGAAAUCCGUGCUCCUUCUGUUGUGGACAAUGGAAUCUUGUAUCCCAGUAACUAUGGCUUCUACUGUAUGCUCGUGAAACGCAUGAAUUUCAAUGAAA